AUGAAAUCCUUCCUGGACUUGCCAGGCGAGAUCCGAAACAUGAUAUACACUCAAGUCAUCCUCGAUAUCCUAAGCAAACCACAUGACUUCCACAGCUUCGAUAAGUGCACUGUCCCUAAGAGCGCAUUUGCUCUCGCGCAAGUCAACAAGCAGCUACGAAAAGAGUACUUGGAUACGUACUUUCGUGGUCUGACUUUUGUAAUCAAGUGGCCCAACUUCAACAUACCCGUUGCCCAGACCUUCCUGGCGACUGGCACCACUGGCGCGCAGCCUGCAGCUUUGUGGCUUCGAGUGGGGUCAGGAACCUCUCGAGACGAGUACUCCGAGAUCGACAUACUAUCCUUAGUGUGGCUGGCCCGACGAGUUGGAUCGCAUAAUUACGAGCGCCAUGUCGCAAUAUCCGCUACCGAGAACAACCUGCAAGAUGAGGUAGUUGCAUUAUUCGUCAAUCGACUCGGAAGCCUUGUUCACGCCCUUACCCGCUACGACAAGGUCUCCUUCUGCCAAUCCAAAGCCCCCAGAGAACACACCACGUCCUUCGGACCUUUCACACACGUCUACGUCUACCAGGGUAUCAAGUCGAGCGUCGAUGAAGCGUGGAAUCUGGAAGUCCUGAUCGUGCUCGAGGAGCCCUGGAAGACACUGGCCAAGCACGAGUGGAACGUCCUUGUCAUGAUUUACUCAGCGCUUCGAAGGCUGCCAGGAGCUACGGUCCACGUGAAGGAGAAGAUUGAUGGCGUUGUCCGGCGGUAUGUGUGCGAGCACAAGAAUGGCUCGGGUCUUUGUGUCAUAUCUGUUGCCGAAUGUACGGAGAGCGCAACGACUGAGUAA